UUUCGUAGUAAGCGCUACCGUGGUCUGUUAUUGGUUGUGGAUUCCUUAGACAAAUAAGGCUGAAAUAAUGGGCUUGAUUUCUUCUCGGAGUCAGCAAGUGGGUCAAGAAAAGGAGAUGCCGAGUGAAUGUCCUGUUGGGAAAAGUGAUGGAUGUCCAAUGAAUCAUGGAUACAAGAACCUCAGUCCAGACAAUCUUGUGGGUUUCAUAUUCCCCAUGUUUUUAGUAUUUCAUGAAUCUUAUUUUUAUACCAAGCGCCUAUAAAGGACAAGUUUUCAUUUGUUGAAAUAAAUUUUGCUGGGGUUCUGCCUGUAGUCUCGGCCUCUUUGCAAGUUCUGGGAAUAAAUUUGUUUGGAACUACCUGUGUUGAGUCACUGGGUUGGCUAAUAGAAUAUAAUUAUCGUCAGUCUUCAUAGUUCGGUUAUUAUUACUCCACAAACCCUUAAACCAAAUCAUGGUGUUGUUUCCAAGUUUGGCUCCGAAAGCGUCAGAUCCAUGAAGAGCAACAACUUAGUGUUCGGUUUCUGUAGUAAUCUUUGUCCGUUACGGGUACAUUGGCUAUUAUUUUAUGUGGCAUUAUGCCUAACUUAUCUUUUUUAUUUCCUGUUAUAAACUUAGCCUAUUUUGCUGCAGUAGAGGGGAGGGUCUUAUAAAAGACUAUCACUGCUGGAAAUUUUCCCAGUAUAUAAAGUUGGCGAAUGCGACUUCCAUGAUAAUGUUUCACACGGUUACUGGAAGAUAUUUCGAGUGAAGUAGACAAUGCAUUUUAUAAUAAAAAGGUUAAACAGUGGACUUAUUGACCUCUUACGUGGUCGAACGUAUAACACUAAACCAUACGUUUCACUAAUAAAAUACCAUCUCUUCUUAAUUUUCUUUCACCUAUUUCAUUUCUAGACUGUUCGCGGAUGUUUCAAGUUGCUUCAAAGUGUAGGUACAUAAUGUAUGUUGGUAGACUUCUCUGUCACUCAAUAUUCUCAUAUGUCCACACAUGUACAGCCACUGCCAGGAAAGUUUUACUUCCUUCUCGCGGUGGGGAUCUUGUUUACAAAAUCAAGAGGACGAAAUGCAAACGCCCGGCUCCAUAGCUGGGUUGAUGGGUGAGGAGGAUCCAUCUAUAGGAGAUGGAAAACCCCGAUUCCGAACCAGUGAUGUACAUGGGUUCUAGGAUCCUGAGGAAACAAAUGGCUCACGAACCUAUUGUUGACUACUGGCUACCGUGGAACUGAAUCUCCUAACGUUGCUUCACGCUAUUUGUCCCCUCAGGAUCCUAGAGCCCAUGUACACCAUUGGUUUGGAAUCAGGGUUUUCCAACUUUCCUAGGUGGAUCCUCUAUAUCUACUGACCCGGUUAAAGCGUCGAACAUUCGCUUUUCGUCAUCUCAAUUUCGUAAGCAACACCCCUGCCACGAGUAGUUGUAAGCACGUGGCCAUGUGAGAACAUUUCGAGGGGGAGAGCUGACUCUUCCCACUUUUGGCCGUGUCAGUGCGUUUGGGGACCUUUAAUAACUCGCAAGUUAGCUAAGUAGUUGUUUUCAAUUUUGGUUGCCUCAGGUGAGGAUAUAAAAGACACAACAAGAAAUGCUCCUGACUUUGUUGAACUCAAAUCUAGAUUGUAUUGUAUCGCCUAAUUUAGUUCAUAAACUAGCCUACCCAUCAAACACUUGAGGAAGCUACUAUAUAAGACAACAAUGAAAUUGACCAAGUCACAAAUACUAGACGUUUCUUAAGUUAGUGUGUAAAACACUUAAAACAAGAGAGCGCAUUGAUCGUUUAUAUUAAUCAUGAAAAAACUUGAUUUGACAAGCGAACUUAUGCUUUACGACGAACAACAGUCACACAGAUUUUGUAUUAUGAGUUGUGUGUUAUAAAUUUGGGUAUUUGUUAGCAAACUGCUGUUGUAUGCUAUACGUUAAGAUAUUUCAUAGUUAAAAACCUAUCUUUAGGACUUCUACUUUUAAGACAACAGUUCCACUUGCUGUUAGAUAAUCUUCAUUACUGAUCAUUAUCAAUGGGUUUAAAUAUUUUAUUAUUUUUUCUAAACCAAUUGGCUGUAUUUUAGAUGCCACCCCCUAACCAACUCCCAAGUCCUGGACAACCUUUCCCAUUGUCCACUGAACGCGAAUUGUCUUCCAUUCCAAAAGCAGAUCGAUCUGAUGGUGAAAAAUGGAUAUAUCCUUCACCUCAAAUGUUUUGGAACGCUAUGCUUCGUAAAGGUUGGCGUUGGCGGGAUGAUGAUAUCAAACCUGAAGAUAUGAACAACAUCAUACGAAUACAUAAUAUAAAUAAUGAAUUAGCUUGGCGUGAGGUUUUAAAAUGGGAGGCUCUACAUGCUAAUGAAUGUAUGACACCGAAAUUGCGUCGUUUUGCUGGAGAUGCAAAAAACUAUUCUCCAAGAGCACGUAUUCGUCGGGCCAUGGGUUAUGAGUUGCCUUUCGAUCGUCAUGAUUGGGUGAUCGAUCGAUGCGGUAAAGAAGUACGUUAUGUAAUUGAUUAUUAUGAUGGAGGUUCUGUGAACGAAGCAUAUCAGUUCGCUAUUCUGGAUGUACGACCUGCAUUAGAUUCAUUCGGGGCAUUUUGGGAUCGUGUUCUAGUUGCAUGGAUGCGUUUCAAGACUCCUGAUCCGCCGAAAAAACUCCAUUUAAAUGAUCCAACAUUUCCGAAAAAGAAUGAAGUGUCUUGAGUAUUGCACUCCUAUUUAACCCACUUAACUCAAUGUUAUGUAUUUGUAUAGCCUGCAGAAAUAUCUAGUUUAGUUAUCAUUCGAACUAACUCGAAAGUACCUUUCCUUCGUUUUAGCUGUGAAGAUGUAAGUCCAUCAAAACUUACAAAAAUGGUUUCAGUGGGACAACAAAUAUCAAGGCAGAAUUUAAGGUAACAAGUGACAACAUCAAUUUUUGCAAGUGCUGGUGAAUUAUUUUCACUCUGUAAUUUCUCUUUGGUUUAUACUAGUCAUUUAUGCUGAGUCUCC